AGGGUUCUCUCUCUCUCUCAUGCAAUGCUUCAAUGGAAACCACUUGGCACCCAAAAAGAAAUUGAGACUCUCAAAUCUCAAUCCUAAAAUACACUGACACACACAUAAAGCUUUCUCCUCUUCCUUCUUCAUUUCUCUGAAUUCUAAGUUUCUAACUUCAAACACUUCCCUAUUUAACUUCCCAACGCCAUUUCCAUUUUUUCCCCAAUGAUCUAUUAAAUUAAAAAUAAAAAGAAUGAUUUUUUAAGAAAAAAAUAAAGAAAAAACAAAGAAAAAGAGAGACCCAAUAUAGGUUUUUGAUUGGGUCCGGAGCUGGUCCGGGCCCCCUCCGUAAUCGGCGGCGCCACCGUGUUUGCCACCGUCAAUGCCCAAUUAGGGUUUUUGUUCUUCAUUUCUUUGUUGUAAAUCGGAGGAUUUUCGUUCAAAAUUGUUUGGAAUUGUGAUGGGUUCGAAACCGUGGCUCUACCCUGCUCCUACGUAUCGGCCAUUAGAGACGUUUUGGGACACUGAUGAAGACGCGCCGGGGCCACGAUGCGGCCACACACUCACCGCCGUCGCCGCCACCAAAUCUCACGGACCAAGGCUUAUCCUUUUCGGCGGCGCCACCGCCAUCGAGGGAGGAUCUUCCUCAGCUCCCGGAAUCAGGUUAGCUGGAGUUACCAAUUCGGUUCAUUCGUAUGAUGUUCUAACGAGAAAAUGGAGUAGUCUUAAACCUGCCGGAGAGCCUCCAUCCCCUCGGGCAGCUCAUGCUGCUGCCGCCGUUGGUACUAUGGUUGUUUUUCAGGGUGGCAUAGGUCCUGCUGGGCAUUCUACUGAUGAUCUCUAUGUGCUUGACAUGACCAAUGAUAAAUUCAAAUGGCACAGAGUUGUUGUACAAGGGCAAGGACCUGGACCUCGCUAUGGCCAUGUAAUGGAUUUGGUUGCUCAGAGAUAUCUUGUUACUGUCAGCGGAAAUGAUGGGAAAAGAGUUGUUUCUGAUGCUUGGGCUUUGGAUACGGCACAAAAACCUUACAUGUGGCAGAAGCUGAACCCAGAAGGUGAUAGACCUUCUGCUAGAAUGUAUGCUACUGCUAGUGCUCGUUCAGAUGGAAUGUUUUUGCUUUGUGGUGGAAGAGACUCUUCUGGAGCGCCACUAGCAGAUGCAUAUGGACUGCUCAUGCAUAGGAACGGCCAGUGGGAAUGGACACUCGCACCUGGAGUUUCCCCUUCACCAAGGUAUCAACAUGCUGCGGUUUUUGUUGGUGCACGAUUGCACGUUACAGGAGGUGUUCUCAAAGGUGGACGGGCUGUAGAAGGUGAAGCAGCCAUUGCAGUACUCGACACAGCGGCUGGGGUUUGGUUGGAUAGAAAUGGCAUUGUGGCCUCGUCACGCCCAAACAAAGGUCAUGAUUAUGACCCUCCUUUGGAUCUUUUGCGUCGUUGUCGGCAUGCAGCAGCGGCCGUUGGUGUUCGUAUAUACAUCUAUGGUGGUCUUAGAGGAGAUUCACUGCUAGAUGAUUUAUUAGUGGCAGAAAAUUCACCCUUUCAAUCUGACAGUAAUUCUCCUGUGUUAACAUCUGAGAGAACUUCACCUAUUUCAAGCCCCAAAUUUGGCCAGUCUAAUGUAAAUUAUAACGUAACAACACCAAGUUCAGAUUCUGGGCCAGAUGUUCCCUCAUCUGGUGGCUUAGGAAUGGACAGAAACUCCAUGGAGAAACUUAGGGAAGCAUCAGCUGCAGAAGCUGAGGUAGCGAAUGAUCAGAUGACAACUCACAAGCCGCAGAAACAGUUUCAGAUGGCAGUGACACAGAAGGCGAUGUUCGCCUUCAUCCCAGAGCUGUUGUAGUUGCUAAAGAGGCUGUAGGUAACCUAGGUGGAAUGGUGAGACAGCUAUCGCUGGAUCAAUUUGAAAAUGAAAGCAGACGCAUGGUUCCUGUAAAUAAUGAUACACCAUAUCCUACCAAAAAAUUCACUAGGCAGAAAUCCCCUCAGGGAUUACAUAAAAAGAUAAUUUCGAAUUUGCUUAGGCCACGCAACUGGAAAGCACCUGCAAACAGACGAUUCUUCUUGGAUUCUUAUGAAGUCGGUGAAUUAUGCUAUGCUGCCGAGCAAAUAUUUAUGCAAGAACCAACUGUUCUUCAGUUAAAAGCUCCUAUCAAAGUAUUUGGUGAUCUUCAUGGUCAGUUUGGUGAUUUGAUGCGACUAUUUGAUGAAUAUGGAUUUCCUUCAACUGCGGGAGACAUCACGUAUAUUGACUAUCUGUUUUUGGGAGAUUAUGUUGAUAGAGGACAGCACAGCUUGGAAACCAUUACCUUGCUGCUUGCACUUAAGAUUGAGUAUCCUGAGAAUGUUCACCUGAUACGUGGUAACCAUGAAGCUGCUGACAUAAAUGCACUAUUUGGUUUUCGUAUUGAGUGCAUUGAAAGGAUGGGGGAAAAUGAUGGAAUCUGGGCAUGGACGAGGUUCAAUCAACUUUUCAACUAUCUUCCACUUGCAGCUCUUAUUGAAAAGAAAAUUAUCUGUAUGCAUGGUGGCAUUGGAAGGUCUAUCAAUUCUGUAGAACAGAUAGAGAAGCUUGAAAGGCCCAUAACAAUGGAUGCAGGAUCUAUUAUUUUGAUGGACCUUCUGUGGUCCGAUCCUACAGAAAAUGACAGUGUAGAGGGUUUGAGACCAAAUGCCAGAGGACCAGGCCUUGUCACUUUUGGGCCUGACCGUGUAACCGAGUUCUGCAAGAAAAAUAAACUACAGCUAAUUAUAAGGGCCCAUGAAUGCGUCAUGGAUGGCUUUGAACGAUUCGCACAGGGACAAUUGAUUACGCUUUUUUCUGCAACUAACUAUUGUGGAACGGCAAACAAUGCUGGUGCCAUACUGGUCGUUGGCCGGGGCUUGGUAGUGGUUCCAAAAUUGAUCCACCCCUUACCGCCACCCCUUCAGUCUCCAGAGACAUCUCCUGAGCGCGUCAUGGAUGAAACAUGGAUGCAGGAACUUAAUAUUCAGAGGCCACCAACUCCGACACGAGGUCGACCACAGCCAGACCUUGACCGCGGCUCGCUAGCAUACAUAUGAUGUAUAGUUCAUGACAUGGAGUUCAGCAGAAUUUGAGGCUGGCCACCCCCUAAUGUUGUGUUCUUUGUAUCCGCCAAUGUUGAAAGAACAAAGACAUAUUUUGUACUGUUUCUGAAAUAGUUGCAGCAAGUAAGGAAGUUCUUGUUUUCAGUGUACAAAUAGCUUUGAGAGAGGUUGGAAAGUUUUCUGAUAGCAAAUUAGUGAAAUGGGUGAUUUAAUUUAUCUUUUUAUGGAGGUGUUGAAUUUGUAAGGAAUGUGACAUGUAUAAAGUGGAAGAGAUGUUAGUAACUAAUCUUCUACCACCCUCAACUUAGGAUGUGACUUAGGGAGGGAAUAUAGUUGCUCAGCGUGUAUAUUGUAUCAUAAAAAAUGUCAAGGAAUAUAUAAUUCUUCUUUUAUAUAAAAUGUUUAUAACAUUUUGAUUUUGUUCAA